AUGGUGAAGCUCUUUACCAUCCUGGCGGGCCUGCUGCCCUUGGCCGGCACCGUGCUGGGGUACGCCAACCCCAAGACUUGCACCGGUACCUGCACCAACGCACACGACCCGUCUAUCAUCCGCCGGUCUGAUGGCACUUACUUCCGCUUCUCCACCGGCGGCAAGAUCGCCGUUCACAUGGCUCCGGCCAUCACGGGGCCCUGGACUUACAAGGGAGCCGCGCUGCCGUCGGGUUCUAAGAUCGACCUCACUGGCAACCAAGACCUAUGGGCACCCGACGUAUCUCUUGUCGGAAGCACAUACUACCUCUACUACUCCGUCAGCAGCUUCGGGGUGCAAAACUCCGCCAUUGGCGUGGCAACCUCGUCCAGCAUGGACGUAGGCACGUGGACAGACAUCGGCGCCACGGGCAUAGCAUCGGCCGCGGGCAAGUCGUACAAUGCGAUCGACCCGAACCUAGUCAACGUCAACGGCGCCUACAUGCUCAGCUUCGGCAGCUUCUGGGCCGACAUCUACCAGGUGGCCAUGGCAGCCGCGCCGAGCAAGACCGCCGGCGGCAGCUCGUACCAGAUCGCCUACGACCCUGUCACAACGGCCCUCGAGGGCGCGUUCAUUUUUCCCUACGGCUCCUACUACUACCUGUUCUACAGCAAGGGCUCGUGCUGCGGCUACGACACGACCCGGCCGGCUGCGGGUGAUGAGUACAAGAUCAUGGUGUGCCGGUCUACGUCUGCGACCGGCGGCUUCGUCGAUGCGAGUGGCACGGCUUGCACUAACGGGGGAGGUACGAUUGUGCUUGCGACCCACGACAAUGUCUAUGGGCCUGGUGGCCAGGGUGUCUACAACGAUCCCACUUACGGACCGAUUCUGUACUACCACUACGUCGACAUCACCAUCGGCUAUGCGGAUGGUGAUAAGCAGUUUGGCUGGAACACCAUCAACUUCUCCAGCGGCUGGCCUGUCGUAUAA